CGGGGACACGGCAGGGGCGGGGCGGGACCGGGACCGGGAGCGGCAGCGGGGCCGUGGAGAGCGGCGCCUCCGCCGCCAUGAUCUGCCUGGUGCUGGCCGUGUUCGCCAGCGUCCUGCACUGCGCCCGUCCCGGUGCCACGGAGCGCACCUUCGUGGCCAUCAAGCCGGACGGCGUCCAGCGGCAGCUGGUCGGGGAGAUCAUCCGGCGGUUCGAGAGGAAGGGCUUCAGGCUGCUGGGGCUGAAGCUGCUGCAGGCCUCGGAGGAGCUGCUGAAGGAGCACUACGUCGCCCUGCGGGACCGGCCCUUCUACGGGCGGCUGGUGAAGUACAUGAGCUCUGGGCCUGUGGUCGCCAUGGUCUGGCAGGGCCUGGACGUGGUCAAGAUGGCUCGUAUGAUGAUCGGGGAGACUAACCCAGCUGAAUCCCUGCCUGGCACCAUCCGAGGAGACUUCUGCAUUGAUGUUGGGAGGAACGUGAUUCACGGCAGCGACUCGGUCGAGAGUGCCCGGCAGGAGAUCUCCCUCUGGUUCCGCCCCGAGGAGCUGACGUGCUGGGAGGACGCGGCCGAGCACUGGAUCUAUGAGUGAUGAGGGAGCCCGAGGGAAGCGUGGGUCGUCCUCGCUCGGGCACGGGACGUUUCCAUCUGUUUCAUUUAGGCCCUGGGGCUGACCAGGGGCUCUGCUGUGGUGUCGCCGUGGGGGUUUCUCUUCUGUGUGCGUGGAGGGUUCCAGGAGCUGCUCCCUGACUGGAACUCAGUACUUCAGCUGACUGCAAUUGCAGCUAUUUCUUUUUUUUUUUUUUUUUCUCCCUCCCUCCCAUCUGCUGUAGUAAGUAGUUAGUGUAGCUGCUCUGCUUGCUAUGGCAUCCUAAAAUCCCAGGCUCGAGGUGAUUUACUGAUGGAAAGCACAAGCUGGGCCCUGUUCCUGUCACUGCCUGGCGCAGGACGCAUGCUCCUGGCCACGGGGAGAGGCGCGCUGGUCACUGUGGGGCGGUGUGAUCCCUGUCCUCACCUGCAUCUGUGAGGUUCCUCACCAAAGGGUUUUAAAGAACCUGCUAUGGGCUAAGCGCAGGGGCUGGUGACCAAGGCUGACCCAGCUCGGUGACCCUCCUCACUUCACCUGUCCCCUGCCUGCAGGGCACAAGUGGCCUCUGGAGGAGGAAGAGGCUCUGAGGACUCAGCCAGGCUCCUGCUGUGAGCGUCUGGAGGCUUCCUGCGACGGCAGGACCUGCUGGAGGAGAGCCUCAGAGCCACCCGCGUGAAUGUGUUCCUCUGUCCUGUGCUCCCGGGCCCCAUCUUUUCUCGCUGUUCCUUCUGAUUUUCACAGCACCGCCUGUUUCUUUACGCUCUGAGUCCCCCGAGCCUCCUGCCAGAGCGUAGGGGCAGGGACAGUGGUGGUGUGUUCUGCUGUGGAACAGCCGUGGUGGAACCUGAAGGAGCGAUGUUCCCGGGGCUUUGCUGCAUGUGGGCUGAGAUGUUCUGAGCUCAGCUCUCCUCAGCUGCCUGACUGCAGCACGCAGCAUUUCCGGCAGAGCUCCUCCCGCCUUCAGGGCCUUCUCCAAGCAGUAGUUUGCAGCUCUAAACAUCUUGGAGAUUGUUUGUUCCCAUAAGUCAUCCAUUUUUUUUUUUAAAUAAUAAACUCUGGAGAAUCCCA